UCGUUUUCCAGUUUCCUUUUUGUGUUGUUUAUUUUUUUCUCUAGUAUUUUUCCACAGAAUAUCAUUUAAAACGUUAAACUAUUGUUUGCAAAAUGUCUGAGGAAUUCAUUAUCGAAAGAAAACUUCUUCUGGACGGAGAAGGCUCUGGAGAAGACCAACGACUCAAUGUCUUCGUGAAACAACUUGCCAUUUGGGCAAAGUCCAGUAAAUCUCCCACCGAAUGCGAAGCAGGAUACAAUAGCAUGUUGGCACAACUGAAUCGUUUGGAACUUUACAAAAAAAGAAUGAAUUUAAGGAUGCGCUGCUACAAACGGCAGUUGAAAACAUAUCGUGCCAUGCAUGACAACUAUCGAGCUAAAAAAGAACUUGUUUUGAAGGACAUUGAAAAGCAAGAAAAGUUUCUUGGCGAAGCUAAAAUCAUUAAAAAGUAUCGUAUUGAUCGUAACUUGAUAGUUAAAACAGUAAACGAAGGACAAUCUUGUAGGCAGUUGACGGAGGAAGUUCAUAAUUUGAAAAAGGACAUUUCAAAUUUGGAAGAUGAAAAGGAACAUUUGCAGUCGCAGUUGAAGAAUCGAGUGCAACAAUUUCGUUUGUUAUCGGUAACUGCAAAUAUUUUGAAGAUGAGUUUACAAAAUAAUAGCAGCUUGUGAAAAAUGUAAAAAUUAUAGGCAUUUGAUGCAAGAAUAGGUAUUUUUUUUAUAAAACUUGAGUUUGUUUGAGCAGUUGAAAGCUCUUUUAUGGGACAAUAUUUAUUUUUAGUUUAGUUGUAGCUUGUAACAGGAAUAUUUCUUGAAUAAUAUAAAUAAUGCUUCACGAAUAUUCAUAAUUCAUUGGAAAAUCACUGGUAAAUUUGUAAAUUAUUCGGAAUAUUCCUAUUCAUUUAAGGUUGUUGUUGAUAGAAUAUUUCUGUGAUCAUUACUGCUCCUAUAGCUAUAGAAUCAUAAAUAUGAAUUUAUUAAUUGUUUUGGAAAAAUAUACUUAAUAAAACAGAACAAAUACCGCUGUUACAUUUAUUAAACCCACACCAAAUAAAGCUGAUCAAAUUAUAUCCAUUUAAAAUAUUUGUGUAAAUAGUUGUACAGGUUUGACGGUUCCCGUUUCAAAACUAGAAUUGCCUGGAACGCACAGCAAAGCAUUUGCAUCGACCAUACUAUUCAAACGGCUACUUAUUUGAUUUCCAGUCGAUUUUGCUAUUAAUUGAUUUUGGGCAUCCCUGUAUACUUUGAGGCGGACAUAUUCAGGCCGGAGAUCUCUGUUGACAAUAG